CUGUUCUCGGUUUCAAGUCCACCGAACUCAUAGGGGCAACCCCCGCAAAAUUGGCGCACCUGAAAAUGGGAUGGCGGGGUAACGACGUCCGGAUAAUCUUCCCCAACUGCUAUUCAGCUCUUUUAAAUACUCAACCCUCAAUUCCCAACGUAUUCAUUGACAGUAAAUUGCCUUAUAGCACAUUCUUUCGAUCCUUCAGUGUGAAUAAAGAAACCUGAAUCAUCGCCGCCUCCAAUACCCUAAACCGCACGACGCGCCGCCACCAUGCCCAAAACGACCCCUCCUCUGGCGGAUGUCAUCCCCCCUCUCAUCUUCGGAACAGCGGUUUUCAACCACCAGUUUAAUAGCGAUCCAUUUUCGUUGCCCUCCACUACUCUCGUGCACCACGCAUUAUCUUCCGGAGUCUCCGGCUUCGAUACCUCGCCAUACUACGGCCCCAGCGAAGAAAUCCUCGGCGCCGCUCUUAUAGCACCCAUCGCCGAAACGAAGGCGCCAUUUCCCCGCGACCAGUAUACAAUCCUUACAAAAGUGGGCAGGAUAGCCGCGGAUGAGUUCGACUACUCGCCGGAAUGGAUACGGAAGAGCAUUGCGCGCUCCCUGCAACGCCUGCACACAGACUACCUGGACGUUGUAUACUGCCACGACGUUGAGUUCGUGACCCCUGCAGAGGCGCUGGGGGCUAUAAAAGAGCUACGCAGGAUACGGGAUGAGGAUGGGAGCAUCAAGUACGUGGGAAUCUCCGGAUUCCCAGUUGAAACUCUCUGCGAUUUGGCAGAGAUGAUCCUGCGGGAGACCGGGGAACCUCUUGAUAUCGUCCAGAGCUACGGGAACUACACAGUGCAGAACCAGACUCUGAAGAACAAGGGUGUACAACGCUUCAAAGCAGCUGGUGUGGAUGUAGUUCCCAAUGCGAGUAUACUGGGGAUGGGUCUGCUGCGGACCCAGGGUGUGCCGACAGGGAGCAUGGGGAACUGGCAUCCAGCUCCGGAUGGCCUGCGUAAAGUGUGCCAGGAUGCCGUGCGAGUUUGUGCAGCGAAGAAUGAGACCCUUGAGAAUGUUGCCACGCGUUGGUCAUUAGAGCAUUGGCUCGUGGAUGGGGCGGAGGUGGGCACGUCAUCUUCUGUAGUGGAUGGACAGAAGAUUGGCGUUAGUGUUAUUGGUGUGAGCAAUUUGGUGGAAUUAGAAGGGGCUUUGAAAGUGUGGCAGAGCGUGAAAGAUGGUGUGCAAAGUGGGGUAGAAGAAGGCAAGAAGACCGAAAGUUUGAACAGGAGGAGGCACAUCGAUGAAAUAGUACUUGGGAUAUAUGAGGUGCUAGGGAAGUGGAGAGAUUUCGCCUGGGACAGUCCAGGCGCAGAAUUUGUGAACAAAGCUGCGAAAUAGAGUCUCACGAAGAUAAACACGAUUCAAUAUAGUUUGUAUCAAAGCAUGGAU